CAUUAUAGUAUGUUGUUUUGGCUGCAAGACAAAACAAGAUUAAUCCCCCUCUAUAAAUAUCCUGUGAUCCCCAAAGGCAAAGCAAGCUCAUACCCACACCACAACCCUUGUCGCCCUCCUACUCUCAGUGUGGGAAGCAUGGGGAGGCCACCAUGUUGCGAUGAGCACGGCGUCAAGAAGGGCUCUUGGAUGCCUGACGAGGAUAAGAAGUUGACGGACUACAUUCAGAAGCACGGCCAGGGCAACUGGCGGCGGCUGCCCAAGCUCGCCGGCCUCGACCGGUGCGGCAAAAGCUGCAGGCUGCGCUGGACAAACUACCUCCGCCCGGACAUCAGGAGGGGGAAGUUCACAGACGAAGAGGAAAAGCUCAUCAUCCAACUCCACUCUGUUCUCGGCAACAAGUGGUCGACCAUCGCCACCCGUUUGCCCGGAAGGACCGACAACGAGAUCAAGAACUUCUGGAACACCACUCUGAGGAAGAAGCUGCUGCAGAUGGGCAUCGACCCCGUGACGCAUCAGCCAAGAACCGACCUCAGCCUGCUCUCCAGCUUGACGAGCCGUCUCGAUAGUUCCCUUCAGCUACAAGUAGAUGCUGCACGCUUGAUCGAGUUGCAUUUGGUGCAGAACCUCGUUCGGCUCCUUACCCGCAGUAGUCCCGCUCCAAAUCUGGACCUCAUCCGUCUCCUUGGAUCAGCUGUUCCUAAGAACCACCACCAAGUGAACGAUCUCUUCGCAUUGACCCCCCAGCUCUCGAGUCUCGUCAACGGAUCACUCGGUCUUCCCAGUUUGUUGCCGGUGGGUCAACAAAUCCUUUCCGUGAAUGGUGGACAAACAGCUGCACCUUCAUCUGCAGAUGAUUCAAGCUCGGAGAGUAUGAUGACGAGCAAAGACUGUGGUACAAAUUCCGGUACGAUCCCGGCAUCAGUUACUGCACCUUCGUUGGUUUCAUCUCCAGAGAACAUGAGUAAGAACGAGACCAUCUUUCUCGAGGGAUCUACCAACACGCCCACCUCGCCGCCCUUCGAGGCUUGGGAUGCACUAAACCUGGACGAUUUUGGUUGGAAAGAAAUCAUAGAUCAAAUGCCGCCAUGGCUAAAUGCACCAUAGGAGCCACAGCUCAAGGAAAGCACCACUCGCGCAGGAAGAGAAGUGGUGGUAGAUGACUUUUGUGAUGCAGAAAAUACUGGUCGUGUACAUCUUGGUUUUUUGGGUGUGUGUUGAGACUUGAGAUUGUUUCAUGUUAUGUUCAGCUGGUAAUAAUAGUAGAAGAACACCCUCCUCCGGUCCUUUGUUUGAGGAAAGCUCACAUCAUGGAAAUGAAUGCCUGAAACAUUUGAUGAACCGUUUAACGUUUAACAAUUAGGCAGCAGAGUAGGAGAUGAGUAACGACGAAGAACAAAAAAUGUAUAAGACGAAAGAGACAGUGUCUGUGUGGAAGAAGACUGAGGUGUGGUCUCACAUUGCAACCUCAGACUAUGACAAAGAAGCAAGUGUCCUCUUCAGUCAGUUUCUCGGCAACAAAUAGUCUUAUGAUUAGUUGCUCAUUAGGUGGAUGAACUCAGUCGCAUCCAUUCCUUGGGCAACAAGCCAUCUUCACAAAGUGUACUCCUUCUUCUACGUCCGUCCUUAUAUAUUUGCAGCAACUUUGACUCGGGAAAAAGGAUGCUGAAAAGACGCAAUAGAAUUAUUA